AGUGAAGUUAGUAGCGCAACGGACAACGUCGCGAACCGUCGUCUCCAUACGUGCUCUUGAUUACGUCAUACUAGUUCUGUGUUUGUGAUGUGGACACCGAACGAUGGAAACAGCAUUGAGGAAAGGGGUCGCGUGAACAAUGGCUCGGAUUUGGUGGUUAUGGACGAGAGGGCGAUCGCGGCUGCGAUGCCUGUACCUAAUGUCGCGACCCUCAACGUCACCAAGUCUUCCAAAGUUCACAUCGGCCCUAAGUUCGUCUCCGUCACCCAGAAUGUCCAAAACGCGGAGAUGGUUAAAGAAUUACCCCUACCGAGCUACAUCUGGAACUUGGUGAAGAACAGUUCGAGGACCGAAAGACUGUCCUGCGCUGCGGCCCUGGUCGUGCUUAUCGUCUGCAUUACUCUCAUCGUAUAUUUCACAGUACAAAGCACGAAAGUUGGCGGUGGUUUGGACAGCCCUCCACAUGAAUGGAACAUAACCCGUGAGAUGUGGCUAGCUCAGUCGUUCAACUCAUCAGACAUAGCCGAAAAGUUCGAACCAUUGAUGUUGGUGAUCGUCCAACAUACCGUAAGCGGGGAGUGCACGAAGUUUGCUCAAUGUGCUGCUGAACUACGGAAUAUACAGGGCUGGUACAUCAGUUUUCACAAAUAUGAUAUCCCAUAUAAUUUUAUUAUCGGCAAUGACGGUCGCGUAUACGAAGGACGUGGCUGGAAUAAGGAAGGAGCUCACACUUAUGGCUAUAAUAGGUGCUCUUUGGGAAUUGCAUUCAUUGGAGAUUAUCGCGGAGAAAGGCCUUAUCAUUCGCGAGUUACGGAAGCUCAGUUAAAUAGAACAAGAAUGUUACUGGAGGAUGGAGUAAGAAUGAAAUAUCUUCGUCCUGAUUAUUUAGUCGUCGGCGCGAAGGAUGUCCAAGACACGGCGAGCCCUGGGUCGAAUCUCUUACAGGCUCUACGUUUAUGGGAUACUUAUGAUCAUAAACGCCGGUUUUACGGUUUAAACUGCACACAGAUACAAGAAAAGUAUGGAGAUCAAAUACUACGUACCUAGAAGCUUAGAGAGGCUAAUGACAUCAUAAAUAGGGUAUAUUAUUGUUGAAUGUUAGGGAUAUAACACAUAUAAGCAGCCGCGGAGGUGUGGCUUUAGCUUUGAUUUCGCGUAAUGCUUUUCUUUUGUAGUCUGGCCAUUGACACGUACAAGCAUAACGUACACGUACAUCUAAAGUCGAAAUCAUUAUGAAUGUAUGCGAUUUAUAACUUUAAUGUGCCGAUACUAUUUUUUUUUUCAUAAUUUUAAAACAAAUACGUGCCAUAAAAAUUAUAUAUAUUUUUUAUAUUAUACAUUACAGGAAAACAAAAAUUAGAUGCGAAAAUAUGUCAAAAGAGUAUACAUACAAACUAUAACGUAUAAAAGGAAUUUUUAGUAAAGUAAUUAUUUGUUUUAUUUUUGGCUAUUUAUACUUGUGUGAGAGUUUCACACGCGAAAACCAGAUGAAAAAUCUUUUAGUUUUGUCAUCUUAAUACAUAGAAAUAUAACAAACAUAUACAAACCGCAGAUACAUCACCAUAUUUAAAACAGAUUUUAGCUAAAGUACUAAAACUAAUUAUAUCACCAAUCUUUACGCAGGAACCUGGCGAAGGAAAUACCUUUAUGAGAUUAGUCCUAUGGAAUUUAUUUUCAUUUACUUAAAGUAAUGAAAUUAAUCUUUUUGUAGAAACAAUUGUGAUAACUAAAUAACAAAAAAUGUAUGUGAGCCUUUUUUAGAACAAUUUAGUAAAAAAAUUCUCGACUUGACAUUUUAUGUCACUAAUGUCAUAUGCUAAGAUUGUGUAUUUCUUUGGUUAAUAAAAGGGGUGUGACUGAGAUGAUCAGCGCGUUUAAUACAAGCUGUAUUAUAAAAACAAGGUUUAGUUCCACCCAUUUCAAAUUUUUCUGUCACCAGCAAUAACAAAAACAAAAUGGCAAAACGCAAUCAUACCAUCGCCCGUGUAGAUGAUGAUUUUUAAAAAAAUUACGGACAAAGCAGAAAACUCAGUUCUCAAUAUUAUUAUUUUCUGUUGACUUAAAAUAAUCUGAUAACUGACAAUAUAUUUGAUAAUGACGAACAUGUAAAUAACGAAAUAUCAUAUCUAAUGAUCGAUUAAUUCAUAACACUUAAAAUUUCGACAAAUUUUCAAUUUUUUAAGACUUGCAAGCUAAUUAUUAUUCUUGCGAUAUUAUCUAAAUAAUGAAUUAUAUUGAGUGUACUCAUUGUUUGUACGUUUUAACAAACGAAUCUGUUUUUUGUUAGAUUCAAGAACAAUACUUACGAAUAUUUACAUUUACAGUCCAUUUAAUUAUACUCAACAGUACACAACAUUUAUAAUUCAUAUUUGAAGAAGGUGAAACCGUGUGACAAAUCUAUGUAAUUCUAAUAAUGUAUGAAAGUUCUAAAGCUAGUUCAUGUUUUGAAAUAUUUUACAUAAAUUGUUAUAUCUGUCGGUUCGUGAACAGCUGGUACAGUUUCUUCAAUGUUUCCUCAUCUGUAAAUAAACUGUUAUCGUUCAGUCAACGUUUCUAGAAUAAGUUGUGGUUUUUCACGGCUCAGAUUACAAAUAUAUAACAUUAAAUAAAUUACGUUAUAAACUACGAAAUAAUGUUUAUAUAGAAUGCAUUAUGUUUCAUAAAAAAAAAUCUAUCAUUUGUGUCUUAAUUUGUCUUAUAAAGUUGUAUAUAUUGUAAUAUAAAGUUUCGUUAUAUGAGAACACUUAUCUUACAGUUUGUAAAAUAUCAUGUACAUAUGUAUAUAUAUCUAUUUGCGACCAUAUGUCUGUACCAAAACAAGGCUACUAGCCAAACAGUUCGCGUGUAAAAUAAAACAGCUCGAUAGAACUGUUAGCAGCAGGCUAUUAAUUAUAACAUUCCAAGAAUUUGUAUAUUACUGGUGGUAGAGCUUAGUGCAAGCUUGUCUGGGUAGGUACCACCCACUCAUCAGAUAUUCUAUCGCUAGACAGCAGUACUUGGUAUUGUGUUCCGGUUUGAAGGAUGAGUGCGCCAGUGUAAUUACAAGCACAAGAGACAUAACAUCUUAGUUCCCAAUGUUGGUGGCGCAUUGGUGAUGUAAGCGAUGGUAACAUUUCUUACCAAUGUCUAUGGGCGUUGGUGACCACUUACCAUCAGGUGGCCCAUAUGCUCGUCCACCUUCCUAUUCCAUAAAAAAAGAAGACACUCAUCAAAAUAGUAUAUCACCAUAAGUCGCUUGACAACAGUUCGCGGAUGAGUAAUGAAUUGUUCAUACAGAAUAGCAGUACUGUACCACUGAUGAUACUUACUGAAUUAUUCUUGGUACAAUUAAUAAUUUGUACUUUAUAGGAUAUAAAUAAAUAAUAUAAAAAUUACAAUGCUAGUGAGAGCAAUUAAAUGACUCUAUAGAAUAAGAAUAUACUAUGUUUUUUAUUUAGCAUAAAUAAUAAUUUUA